CGUUCAAUAGACCGCCGAACGGGAUCAGUAACAGUUGCGCCGCCCGAGUCGGCAUUUAAAUUGAAAUUAGCGGGGAAAUGAUCGGAAAGGUGUAAUUAUUCAGCACAAAUUGCCAAAGAAUAACAAAAAAUAACCAAUAAUAACCAAAAAUAAGAGCAAAACGAAACUAAUUGCAAAAAAAAUAAAAAUAAAAUAACUGUGGAGAAAGUGUAGUUUAUAGAGCUCGAUUUGGAUAAACAUUGGCAAUGGCGCUGGAACAGAUCGUAACCUACCUGCUGCUAAUCGGCUCGGUCUGGUGGAGCACGGCUUACGCAUCCACGGAAUAUAAUCGUUAUGUGACGCAGAUAUUCCAGAAGUAUGGCAGCGGCAACACCAUUAGCUUUGAGGGUCUGGAGCAUUUGAUGUACAGCUUGGGCCUUGGGCACAUUGAAUUCGACCCCGCGCACACCAUAGAAGAGCACCGACCAGUGGGCUACAACAGCACCAAGCACAAUGCGACCACCGCCAAUCCCAGUCCUGAAGACGCGCUCAGCGAUGUAGAACUGACCAGUCAGCAGCUGGAACAGAACGCCGAGCGCAUGGAAAGGAACCAAACCGUUGAGUUUCGCGAAAUGCACGACCCCAAGCAUCGCCACCCGCGGGAAAGCAGUGUUUCCCUCGAUAGUACACCUUUGCCUGAAGCCGCAUGCCUAUCGCCAAGGUCGCUGCUCACGCUUCUUGUGGACCACAAUGAUCUACACCGAAAUAAGCUGUACCGUGAUAUAGUGAAGACGGAAAAUCAUAACUUGGAGGAGGAGUACACUAAAUUCAUCAACAGUGUCCUUAUCACGCCCAGCGCAUUCAUGAAACUGUGCCCAGCCCUGUUGGCACAGAUCGAUAAUGGAGUAUGCAUGCAACCGGCAGAGGACCCACGCCAUAUGAAUCUCGACAGAAAAGGUCGAAUUUGGAAUGCCUGGAUUUACGCAAGCACCUCCAUGUUUGUGCUCUCAGCAUGCGGAAUUUUGGGAGUAGUGCUUGUUCCUCUUAUGAAGACGGUCGCCUAUCAAAAUACCUUGAAAUUCCUUGUCGCCAUAGCCGUGGGAACCCUGGCUGGAGACGCGCUUAUGCACUUGCUGCCACAUGCCCUAUUCAAGGAACAAAAGCACGAGCAUGCAUUGGAAAAUUCAAGCUUGACAGAUCAGGACCAGGGCCACAAGCACAGCAACGAGGCGGCAAUGCUGUGUGGCGCUGCCUUUCUGGCAGCCGUGUUUAUGUACGUGUUGGAAAACGUGAUUCCGCUCCUAAAGGGCAAGGAGCAUGGUCAUGGCCAUAGCCAUGGUCAUGGUCACGGUCACGCUCACGGUCACAGUCCUAGCGAUACGGGCAAGAUACAGGCAACAGAAGUGGCUACGGCACCUCGUGAACUGAAUAUCAUGCUGAACGAGACAAAGGAGGAUCAGAAGAGGCCAGAUCGCCCUCUAACUCCCGUAGCAUUUAUGGUAAUAAUUGGUGAUGGAUUGCACAAUCUCACCGAUGGUCUGGCAAUUGGAGCUGCCUUUGGCAGCGAUCCCGUUACGGGCUUUGCCACUGCCGUAGCCGUGUUGUGCCACGAGCUACCACACGAACUGGGUGACUUUGCGCUACUGCUACAAUCCGGUAUCUCCAUACGUCGCGCCAUUUAUAUGAAUAUUAUCAGCUCGGUGCUGAGCUUUGUGGGAAUGGCUAUUGGUCUGCUACUUAUUGGAAUCGGUGAUGGCAUGACGAAAUGGAUCUAUGCGGCUACUGCGGGCUCGUUUUUAUACAUUGCAUUCGCUGAUUUGGUACCAACGAUGAGCGUGGCUCACAAUCCAGACCUUGUUCGCGACCCAAAGGCCAUAGUCAUUCAAAUACUGGGUAUACUUGUGGGAGGUGCUAUAAUGUUAAUCAUUGCCGUACAUGAGCACGAUCUAGAAGGUUUAUUCAAAAGCAUAGACUUGCGUUGAGAAUCUCAUU